UUUUGAUGUGUCAUCUACCUUUAAAUACGCAGCCCCUGUCAUUGAGUUUAUCUGCAGCUGUUUCAGCACCUCGUCCCCAUCGAUCGCAUCAUAACAUCAGCAUCAGCAUCUCGUACAGCAGACAUAAUGUCAAACGUUUGACUGUCGAGUGUGAAAGCUGACGGGAGAUGACAGACCACGAGAUACCUAGUGUGGAUGAAACCUCGCCAACAUACAUCAUCUUUAUCGUGGUCUUUUUCUUCUUCAUGACCGGCCUUUUGGGCUUCCUGAUCUGUCAUUUGUUAAAAGAGAAGGGUUACAGGUGUGAACUGGAGAAUGAUGAAGACGACUGCGAGGACAAACUUGGUGAAGAAAAAGACGAUGAAUCAGAUGACAGUCAAGACACUGUUGAACAAAUUCUGAAAUGCAUCAUUGAGAAUGAAGCCAAUAUGGAGGCCUUUAAAGAUUUGAUGGACGGCCAGAAUGUUUGCGAACUUCACGACCCACGGUUACAUCACAAGGACAGUAUAGGCGGCCUUCCCCUUCACCAUCAUACAGUUCAUCUGGGAUCUGAAAUCAGCUCUUGUGCUCACUGUAAGCAAGGACAUUUAUUAAAAACACGAUGCAGAAGCCAUGUGGCUAAAAGCAAAACCCGACAAGAACAGACUGUAUUUUCUGUGGGCAGGUUUCGGGUCACCCACAUGGAGAAAAAAAACAGCCCUCAAGGUUCCAUCAAUCUGCCCAACCUUAAACCAGGAGAUGUGUCGAAUGACACGACGCUCUCAGGAAUAAAAGAUGCCUUGAAAAAACCUCAGGAGGAAUACAACAUCCGCAACAUGUUCAAAGACACCGGAGCAACUAAUGGCAAGCUUCCAAAUGCAGGCAAGCGGAAGAAAAGCAUCCCACUGCUGGCCUUCUACAAGGGAAUUAAUCCAGUGGCCACUAAAGCAGCAGAAGGGCUUGUGGUGGACAAAAAAGGACAAACCACAGCUGAACAUCUGCCGGUCUCUCUGGAGAAGUGCUCGAGCUCACCCAUCGCAUCUGAAACAGCUUUAGACAAAAGCUCAAAAAAUGAAUCUGCUCAUAACUUCCAGGUGACUGUUCAUGAGAGCAGCCCAGAGGAUGAAAGAGCUGACAGUGUGAUUUCACAAGACAAAUUAGAUACGACGUCCACCGGAGGAUCCAGUGGUUGCUCAAGAUUUUCUGUGGUUCAGACUGAAGUGGAGACUGUCAUCAGAUCCGCAGUCACUACUGAGGACAGAGAAGAUGAUAGCGUACCAAAUGAUAAUAUCAAAACUGAUAAAGUCAGUCAGGAGAAUAUAGACAAACAGCGGGUAUGACAAAACCAUCAUCGACCAACCAGAACAGCACAAAUUUAUUUAUUGACUCGAAAACUUUGACCAAUAAACAACUGCAUAAAAGUUCUA